AUGGUAGUCCUACGGUUGCAGGGGCUAAGCAUUGAAGCGGGAUCCGAGGAUAUACGCAGAUUCUUCGAUGGAUUACACAUCCCCAAUGGCGGGGUACACAUUAUCGGUGGAAGUCUAGGUGAAGCAUUUAUCAUAUUUGCAACUGAAAAAGACGCACAGCUUGCGUUAAAGCGUUCAGGGAGCUUACUAAGAGGGUCGCGGGUAGUUCUCUUUAUGAGUAGUAAGACAGAGUUGCAGAACAAGAUGGCAUCCAGUUUAAAACAAUACAAAUACCCAGAAAAAGGGCCUGAAAGAAAACCAGAAGAAAUCGUUAAAGCAUGCACAUCUGACCCUGCGGCAGCUUUUUUGCUCGGUUUGGUUUCAGCUAUCCGAGAACUGCAUGCAGAACAGGAGGGGUCAAAGGCAAUAUCACCAGCGAAUAGUGUUCAGAAGACCUCUGACUAUAUCGCUAUCCCUAUGGAGCAACAGAAGCAGAGGGCUACCUCUAGCCAGAACAGCCGUUACUUAAGGCUGCACGGUUUGCCAAAAUCGGUCACUAAACACGAGGUUCGCCAGUUCUUCAGAGGACUCGAAGUUCAAGAUGUAAUUGUCGAUGUCAGGAUUGGUGGCCACUAUGGCACCUUAGUGAAAUUCACCAGAGAGCAAGAUGCUUUAAAGGGGCUGAAAUACGACGGCCAAAAUAUGGCAUUCAAUUGCGUUAAAGUGAGGGAGGCAUCGGAGGACAUCUGGCUCAGUGCGGUCGAGGAGUGCAGAAAGUCCCUGAAUGGAAGACAGAGAAAUGUGUCUCCCGGCCUGAAGAGAAUGCGUCCUGAAGAUCGUUCAAGAUCACGGUCACCGAAGAGACACCUACCACACUCGCUCUCCCCUAGUAACGACCUCUGUGUGAUGUUACAAAAUAUACCCCCGAAAACAACGAAGACUCAGAUUAAAGAGUUAUUUGGAUGUUCGUACCUCCCAAGCAACAGGGUUUUACAUUUGUUAGACGAAGUGGGCCACAGAACCAGCACGGCGUUCAUUGAAUUCGACCAAGUGGAUGACUAUUACUCUGCAAUGAAGCUUAACGGAUGCAAAUUCGGCUCCCGCUUUAUAAAUGUCUCUGGGAUCACAAAGGAAAAGAUGAGGGCGAUGAUCAGGGCGAGCAAAUAUGUUCCACCGAUAGACAUCGAGGGGGCUAUUAAUGAACAACCUAGUUACGAAAAAACAAGAGAGAGAUCUUACUCCUCACAAACGUACAUAUACGUGCGAAAUCUGCCAGCUGACGUCCGAAAGGUAGAAGUAAAAGAUUUUUUCUGUAAAUUUCCCGUUUCUCAAGAUCACAUCACCUUGCUUUGUGAUCGGCAAGGAAUGGGAAUUGGGGAGGCGCUGGUGAGAUUCGCCUCUGAGGACAUUGCAAAAAUGGCUGAAAGUCUGCACGGGCAAAACUUUCUUGGAACACGCGUGCUGCUGACGCGUAUAACAAGACAACAAAUGGAGGAUUUGUUGCACAAGACUCACUGAAGGCGGUAGCAGGUCCAUUGGGGAAAACCAGCAGUAUUGAGAUGUAGUUUGUCUGAAGAUUAGCAGGCUGACAUGCAUUGCUCAAGAUGCGUGUUCUUAAGAAUCAACAAGGAGAAUGUAAACAACACUGGAAGCUGCUAAAGUAACUCAUCGGGGCAUUGAGUUCAUAGUGGGAGCAGGAGGAGCAGCGAAAACAUGGAGACGUGAGAAUUAUUUGCAUCACAAAAUGCACUGAAAAUACAUGGUUCGUGUUACGGUUAGGUUUAUAGGUUUGGGGAGGUAAGUUGUUACAGCCGUUUUCCCUAUAAUCUUGGAAUUUAUUUACAUUCAAUGUUGUCCCUCGAAUAGUUGCCUGUGGCUUAUAUUUCUGGAGCGUGUGACAUGAGGUCUUUGGAU